GUUACAUGAAGGUGCGAGGGCAAAGCCACGGCCUUGUAGCCUGCGAACAGGAGCACGUGCUGUCCACAGCACUUUAACGGCCUUGAGGCUAAGGCGCGGACGAUGCCAAGGCCUUUCACCCCGACGGAACAGCGGCACGUGCCAGCCGGAGCACUUUACGGCAGUCAAUGCCAAGGCAGCAGGGUUAAGCCACGCCCUUUCACCCCCACAGAACAGCGGCACGUGCUGGCCGGCGUACUUUACUGCAGCUACGCGAAGGUGCGAGGUCUCGAGCGUCUGCUGCGUCAGGGUCUGCUGUGGUUACGGGGCUUUGCGCUCUAUCUCAUUGUGGUCUGGCCGUUGGUCCGUUGGCACACCUACGGCUAUUCUAUCAUGGCAAGGAUGGCGGCACUGUGGCAGAAGACCAGAGAUUACUUCCUGAGCAAGGAGUUCCGGGAAUACGUGACCAGCACUCACUUCUGGGGUCCCAUGGCCAACUGGGGCCUUCCGCUGGCUGCCUUUAAGGACAUGAAGGAGUCGCCGGAGCUCAUCAGUGGCCGCAUGACGACUGCGCUCAUCUUCUACUCUUCGAUCUUCAUACGCUUCGCCUACCGCGUACAGCCUCGAAACCUGCUGCUGAUGGCGUGCCACGGCACCAACGUGGUGGCUCAGAGUGUGCAGGCCAGUCGCUACCUACACUACCGCUUCAGCGGCGGCGCCAAGGCCGAAGCCCGCGACCGUCCGGCUCCCACCGCCGCCGCUGCCACCAGCCGCAGUUCCCGGCCCCCGAAACAAGCUUCUUAAGGACUGAUCGCAUUUCUGCAGGUCACAAGCACUGAACUGUUAUUCUUCCUGAAAAAAGACCAAUGAAAACUUCGGUUUUGACUCUCUUAACAGUGCAAAUCUGACUUAAACCUGCAGUUUGGUUGAUAAACAAAUACAAGAUUGC